AGCUUGACAGCUCUCGCGCGUUAUGUCAUCCGUGUGCGGAAAAGUUUGUAGUGGGAUUGUGCUCGGUGUGAAAACAUGCGAUUUCUUCACGUAUCGCUUUUGGGAAGAUGGUCAAAAGGGCGAAGUCACUUGUGUUCCGCGGUCGGACAGUUGACGCCAUGCCGCGAGUUGACGCCGGAGAUGAAACAUCAGCUGGAGCGGAAGUGGCAGAACAAGCUGGGCGACUGCCGGUUCGACCCUGCCGAUACGGUUAAACCGAAACGCUACGUGCUGGCCAUGUUUCCGUAUCCCUCCGGCAGCCUGCACAUGGGCCACGUGCGGGUGUACACGAUCAGCGAUGCGAUGGCCCGGUUUUACCGGCUGAACGGUGCGAACGUGCUGCACCCGAUGGGUUGGGAUGCGUUCGGGCUGCCUGCGGAGAAUGCUGCCAUGCAGCGGCGCAUCCCGGCCGACACGUGGACGCACCGCAACAUUGGUGAGAUGCGUAAGCAGCUGGAACAGCUUGCGUUCAGUUUCGACUGGGAGCGAGAGUUUGCUACCUGCCAGCCGGAUUACUACCGCUGGACGCAGCAGCUGUUUCUGAUGCUAUACAGGGAUGGGCUGGCGUACCAGCGGGAAGCACUCGUCAACUGGGACCCGGUCGAUGAGACCGUGCUGGCCGACGAGCAGGUGGACGAUAACGGUUGCUCCUGGCGGUCGGGCGCGAAGGUGGAGAAAAAGGUGCUGCGCCAAUGGUUCGUGAAGACGACCCGGUUCGCCAAACCGCUGCUGGAGGGUUUAAGCGAUCCGGGGCUGGAAGAUUGGAAGGAUAUCAUAAAGCUGCAGCGGCACUGGAUCGGCGAGUGUGAGGGAUAUGCGUUCGAGCUGCCGCUGGUUGGAGAGCACAAGAUGAAGAGCGUGUCCGUGUGGACUAGCGAUCCGGUCGAGCUGGAACGGGGCCUAUUUAUUGCUAUUCAUCCGACGAAUCUACUGAACACGGCUAAACAAACCGAUUGCCUGCUGGAGAACGUUACCGUACAGAAUCCGUUCACCGGGGAUGUGCUGCCAGUGAUCGUAACGGAAGCGGUCACCUUUCCAGAGGGUUGCGACACCUACCUGGCGGUCGGGAGCGAAUCGAAUCGGCAGUUAGCGACCAAAUGUGGAUUAAAGCUGAAGGAAAACACACCGAGCCCUGCCAGCACUGGGGAGGAAAUAGUCCGCAAAGCGCUCGAGCAAGGAAUCGGCGGUCAUCCGGUCAGCUCUAAGCUACGCGAUUGGCUCAUCUCGCGGCAACGGUUCUGGGGCACCCCGAUACCGAUCAUUCACUGUCCGAGCUGUGGUCCGGUGCCAGUGCCCGAACAAGAUCUCCCCGUACGGUUGCCCACAGAUUCGGUCGGUGUUCCGUUGGCCCAGAACGAGCAGUGGCUGCGGGCGGCGUGUCCCACCUGCCAACGGACCGACUGUCGGCGAGAAUCCGACACGAUGGACACGUUUGUCGACAGUUCGUGGUACUUUUUGCGCUUCCUGGAUGCGCACAAUCGGCGGGAAAUGUUCGACAGUGCGCUUGCGCACCGGUUAAUGCCGGUGGACCUGUACGUCGGGGGAAAGGAGCACGCGGUGCUACAUCUGUACUAUGCCCGGUUCGUCGCACAUUAUCUGCACGGCAAGGGUUUGCUGCCGACGCCGGAACCAUUCAAACGGCUGCUCGUACAGGGCAUGGUGAUGGGCCGAUCCUACCGGGUGGCCAGCAAUGGGAAGUACAUUCCACCGGCGGAGGUCGAGAUCGUGGACGAGAAGGCCAACAAAGCGAUUGAGCGGGCGACGGGCGAACCGGUCACGAUGCUGUGGGAAAAGAUGUCCAAAUCCAAGCACAACGGUGUCGAUCCGCUCGAGGUGCUGCGGGAGCACGGUUGCGAUGCGUUGCGCUUGAUCCUGCUGGCCGACGUUGCGCCGACAUCGCACCGGAACUGGUCCGAAGCGACAUUCCCCGGCAUUCUGAACUGGCAGAAACGGCUCUGGCUGACGAUGUACGAUUUCCGGGAGGCGAGGGCAAACAUCGAUCCCAGCUCAGGCGCACCAACACCAACGCCCGAGUUUACCGAGCACGAGCACAAGCUGUGGGAUGCACGGAACUAUUUCACGGCCGGUGCAACCUUCAACUACCGCCACUCGCACCAGCUGAGCGUGGGCAUCUCGAAGAUGCAGGGCCUGACGAACGCGAUCCGGCGUGCCCCGCCGGCCGUUGUGAGCUACGGCCGACAGUACGAACGGGCACUGGCCGCCCAGAUCAUUAUGCUUGCCCCGAUGGCACCCCACUUUGCGGCGGAACUGUGGGAGCAGCUUGCGACGGCACCGCACCGUGUGGAUGACGACGCUACUGGUCUGCGCUGGGACGGUACGGUGUUUGAGCAACGGUGGCCCGAAAUCGACGAAGAUUUUCCGCUCGAUCUUACCUUUAAGAUCAACGGUGCGGAGUGUUGCAUACUUAAAAUCCCGGCCAAGCGCUUCAACCAGCUGACGCAUCAGGAAUCGCUCGAUCUGGCACUGCGGCAGGAGCCGAUCGUGAAGCUGAUCGGCAAGCGACCGCUCCGGACGAGCGAUUUCACCCUCUACCCGAGCUGUGAGGCGAUUCUGAACGUCGAUCUCGAUCGUGCCGCCGUGGAGGAAGGCGGGGAGCCCGAGACGAAGAGCAAAAAGGAAAAGAAGGACAAGAAGGCGAAGAAGAAAAAGUCACUGCAGGUGCUGCACGUGGGGAUGUGAUAAGCGUGGUAAGAAGCAAUAAAUUCAACGCCCUGGUGUGUA